CCACCCCUUCUGGUCCUCCUCUGCGCGCUCUGGGUCUCGCCUCGGACAAACUGCGGCGGAGCGCUGGUACACCUAAAAGUUCGCCGAAUUGUUUAUUAGAGGUGCCGGGCUUUGGGAGGCCGGAGAGGUUCGGUGUUUGUUUGUGUAGGGAGCGGGGGUGUUGUUUUUUUGUUUGUUUGUUUGUUUUUUUGUUGAGUUUUUAGGGUUUUUUGCAGUUUAAUCAUGGAGACUCUUAGAGGUCUCCUUGCGCUGCUGUGCGCUUUCCUGGUUGGAGCGCAAACGCUGGACCAAAGACAGAGAUUUGCGGAUUGUCCCGUUGAUCUUUUCUUCGUACUGGAUACAUCAGAGAGUGUCGCCCUCAGGCAGACACCUCACAACUUUUAUAUUGACCAGAUCAAAGAUUUCGCCAAGCGCUUCAUAGAUGAACUCAGGGAUAUGCGACACGAAUGUGACCGCAUCCUGACGUGGAAUUCAGGAGCGCUGCACUACAGUGACGAUAUCAUCAUUGUGCGAGAGCUGAGUGACAUGAGCGUUGAUCGUCAGAACCUGAAGAAAGAUAUCGAUGGUAUCUCAUACAUCGGCAAGGGCACAUAUACUGACUGCGCCAUCAGAAGGGGUCUUGCUGAGCUGCUCGUUGGGGGUUCCCACCACCAUGAGAACAAGUACAUUGUGGUAGUGACUGAUGGUCAUCCUAUUACUGGUUACAAAGAGCCAUGUGGAGGAGUGCAGGAGGCGGCUAAUGAGGCCAGGCAACAUGGAGUCAAAGUGUUCGCUGUCGCCAUCUCACCUGACCAGGAGGAAACCAGGCUGUCAAUCAUUGCCACAGACCAGACGUACAGACAGAACUUCACCGCUGCAGACGAUGCCAGAUCCACCAAGAUGGGAACCAUUCGCACCAUCAUUGAUAUGAUCACAAACGAGACAAAGGAUGUGUGUUGCUCUUUUGACUGCAGUGCUCCAGGAGGGCCCAAAGGACCAGACGGAGACCUUGGUGGAAAGGGAGAAACAGGUAGACCAGGAAUGCCAGGAGAGAAAGGAGAUAUUGGUGACGUGGGUCACAUCGGAGAUCCUGGUCCUGUUGGUUACAGUGGAAUGAAGGGAGACCGUGGUGCCAGAGGAGAGAAGGGUGAUAGAGGACACAAAGGCUACAAGGGAGACAAAGGUCAAAGGGGAAAUGAUGGAACUGAUGGACGCAAGGGUGAAGCUGGUUUCCCUGGUCUUCCCGGCUGUAAAGGAUCUCCCGGAGCAGACGGCCAGCAGGGAGACUCUGGACCAAAGGGAGACCCUGGUCCUUAUGGACAGAAAGGAGCAAAAGGAGAUCCUGGAAGAGACGGUGUACCAGGAUUGCCUGGAAACUAUGGACCUCUGGGACCUCAGGGUGAUCGGGGUCCUCGGGGAGCUGAUGGGGACAAAGGAGAGCGUGGUGAUGAUGGCCCACCUGGACAGGAUGGAUCUCCUGGCGAGAGAGGACAAGUUGGAGAGAAGGGGGAGCAAGGUUCCCGUGGAAACAGAGGUCCAAGAGGAGAUCCGGGAGAGCCAGGACCCCGUGGAGAGCAGGGGAGGGAGGGCUCAGCUGGCGGCAAUGGAGAUCCCGGUGAGCCUGGCAGGCAGGGAGCUCCUGGCUACAGAGGAGAUGAAGGCCCACCUGGACCAGAGGGACCCAAAGGGCCGAGAGGAAUCAAAGGAGCUCCAGGAGACAGAGGCCCAAUGGGGGAGAGGGGAGAAGAUGGUGCCCCAGGAAAUGGUACUGAAGGUUGUCCUGGUUUCCAGGGUUAUCCUGGGCCCCGCGGGGAUCCUGGUGAGCCGGGUGGCAAGGGAACCCCUGGACCCAAAGGAGAUGAUGGAGAGCCCGGAGAUUCAGGCCUCGAUAACAACGACCCAGGGCCUCCAGGACCUAAAGGGGCCAAAGGUCACAGAGGACCUGAGGGCAGACCGGGACCUCCUGGGCCUCCUGGACCACCAGGAACUGAUGAAUGUGAAAUUCUGGAUAUCAUCAUGAAGCUCUGCUCCUGUUGUGAGUGUAAGUGUGCAUCUCUGGACCUGGCGUUUAUUGUGGAUAGCUCAGAGAGUAUUGGUGCCACAAACUUUGCUCUUGCCAAAGACUUUGUCAUCACAGUCAUAGACAGACUGAUGAAAGACCAGCAAGUCAAGUUUGCAGGUAAUGAGUCCAGGUUGAGUGUUGUCCAGUACAGUGGAUCACGGGCACAAGAAAUUGUCCAACUGGGCUCCGCCAACGCCGCUACCCUCACCGAAUUUAAACAGGCAGUGAGAGAUUUGCACUGGCUGGCUGAGGCCACAUACACUGGUGAGGCCCUCGACUUCGCUCUGAACAACACAAUCAAACUGAUGAGGCAAGAGAACCGAGUCGUUCUCGUUCUCACCGACGGCCGCUCUGACAUUAUCAGGGACAAGACUCCCAACAACAUACUCUGUGGUAAAAACAUCCGGGUGGGUGGUUUAGGAGUUAUGGACUACUCAGGCCGUCAGCCCAACCAAGAGCAGCUUGAAGAUGUGGUGUGCAAGAGUGACCCCAAACCAGGCUUUUCCUUUGUCCUGAAUAACUUUGCUGAGCUGCUAGAUGACACUUUCCUACAGAACCUCACAUCCAGAAUCUGUCAAGAUAAGAGAUGCCCAGACUACAAAUGUUCCAUCACUUUCACUGAGGGUGCUGAUAUUUUGAUGAUGAUGGACAGCUCGGCUAGUGUGGGCCAGAAGAACUUUGACAUAAGCAAGACCUUCGUCCAGCAGCUGGCCAAACGCUUCCUGACAGCAAAGAGGAACAGGGGUGCUACGGUCAGAGUAGGCGUGGGCCAGUACAGCCGAAGUGCCCGCUUGGAGCAGGCGCUGACUACCAAUUUGACCCUGCUGACUCAUCACAUUGAGGAGGCAGCUUUCCAAAAUGACGGCACCAACGUGUUAGGAGCCAUGGAAUUUGCCAUCCGCAGUUUAACUGGGCGAGGGGACGCAUCGGGAGGCAACAAGAAGCUGGUGCUGUUCUCUGACGGCAGGUCUCAGGCCGUCACCGAGGCUGUGCUGGAGAAGCGUGUUCGUGAUGUGGCGGACGCUGGGGUGGAGCUCUUUGUCGUCGCUGUCGGCAACCAGGUCAACGAGGCAAACCUCCGCAUACUGGUGAGCAAGGGGAACCUGAACGACAUCUCCUACGCCCAGCGCCACCUGUUCCGUGUCGCAGAUUACCCCUCUCUGCUCCGCGGGGUCUUCCCCCAGACCGUCUCCCGCAGGGUCUCCUUGCGCUAAAUGCAGAGCCCCCAACAACAGGACCAACACGCUUUACAUUUUUAGUCCCAUUAUGAAUAUUCAGUCUCACUCAUUUACCAUACACUGUGUUCAAGUACUUUUUUUUUUUAAGGAAAAAUGUCACUAAACGACAAAUGAUUGUGUGGCAGACAAAUGAAAUGUCUUCAUGGGACCGUUUUACCCUGAGUUUUGCCUCCAAGGAAGAACAUCUCAGGCUUUGCACAAAUUCCAUCCUCUAUCCUUGGAUCUUUAGCCCUUAACCCAAGUGAUGGUACCAUUUUAGAGGUUAUCGUGAAAGUAAACAAUUGAAAGGAAAUGUUAGGAGGCAAAGCUCAGGAUGAAAACGACCUAUUUCAAAGAGUAUCACUCCAGUCCUGGAGAGCCAUCAGAAAUGGCUACAUCUAAACUUAUUUCUAGCUUUCACUAGCAUUGAGCUGAUUUCUACUCAGGUAUUCUGCAUCCCUGUAUCACCAUUAGCUUUGACUUACUUCAAGUAACUAGUGUGAGUUGAAAAUGGCUCAUUGAGGCUAUACUCUUUGUCUCUCCAGGACUGGAGCCCCUUCCAUUUGAAGGAUUGCGUUUAGUGUCUAAUGUGGAGUCAUUUUUAUAGCUCUUACCACUUUCUCAAAUAGUGCCAGAUGUGAACUGUCACAAUUUUACAUAAUAAGAACACAGGUGAACCAACCAGAGCUGUGAACUGAAAACUUACAGAUAAAAAUUCCUUGGCGCGUGCCUGCUGUAAGUAUAUGACUGUUAACCUGGAAGGCUGGCUCAUGAUUGGCCAGUCAGCUUUAUUUUAAGUUUUGCCCUUAUAAAGCUUAUGGAAAAAUCCAUUGCAAAAGUCAUAACAUUUAACCGACUUGGUAAGAACUUACAACUGACGUCACUUGAAAGCUCUAUUAGGUCACCAAACAAACAGGGGAGACAGGAUGUGACAUCAGGCAAACAAAACCCAUCAGCACUUAAAUUUGGUACUAAUGAAGACACAGCAGCUGGACUCAAUAUGUGUGUGUCUGUAUCUGUCUGUGUGUGUGUGUGUGUGUGUGUGUGUGUGUGUGUGUGUGUGUGUGUGUGUGUGUGUGUGAGCACCUCAGUGUGCACAAGAUUUACUGUAUGUAUGUGUAGGUGGUGGCAAGGCAAUUUUUUUCUUUACAAGUGGCCUCAGGCAAUUGUUCCAUAAACAGCUGUGCUGGGGCCACUGGUUCAAAUAACAGAAUGACAGAAACCUGUUCUUUAUUGUCAGUGCAGUGCAGAGGCCUCACACACACACACACACACACACACACCUUUGCACUUCAUCAGUGAGGUAGGAAAACAUCUGUCAUGGUUCAAGGCUGGAAAAUAAACCUAAUGGGACUCAUGCUGUGAGUCCCUCACACCCUCACAACAAACACACACAAAACACACACAUGCCUACAAGAUCCCCUCAAAUGUAAAUUCUGGACAUUCAGUUUUGUUGUCAUCAGUGGCCCAGAGUUGCUGUGUCGCUGUUAUUAUCUGUGGUGCUAUUAGUCUCAGUGUAUCAGCCCAUACCCGUGUUGUUAAAGAAGACUUUUUUUUCUGAGGAUACACAACCUCAGUAGUGUUGUAAGAGCUCCUUCAAUAAAGGUUGCUACACCAAA